UUACUAACACGUGCGUUGGUCGGUAGUAAGCAUUGAGUGUAAUUAUCGCGUGAACAACUGGUUCCCAAGAGAUCGCAACAAUCACGGUAGAUGAUGCUGAGCUUCGUUUCAGUAUCGAUCGAGCUACGAUAUAGUAAAGCAGUCUGUUUUGUCACGAUGGAAAAGCUCUACUCCGUUGAGAAGUGCCCGCAAACUUACGAUCAGUAUGAGUUUACUCUGUCUGACCUGUACCGCAAACUAGCAAAGGAUGAGCUCCGCGAGGACGACGAGAUUCGGGAGCAAUCGUUGACGCAGAUGCGGGAGUGGAUUGCCAAACAUCCGUACAUUCGCAAGUGCCGUACGGAUGCGUCGUUUCUGUUGCGCUUUUUGCGCUUCCGAAAGUACUCCGUACCGAUGGCGUGUGAGGCGCUGGAGCGAUACCUUGCGAUGCGUGAGACCUUUCCGCAGUGGUUUAAGAAUCUUGAUUGCAAUGACCCCGCAAUGCGAGAAAUGCUUCAGGACGGUGUGUUUACAAAGCUCGGCCAAGAUGCCGAGGGCAGGACGGUGAUCCUCUUCCGGUUUGCCCGUUUCAAUGUGGACAAGUUUACCUCACUGCAGGAAGGUCGCUUUACGGUGCUGCUCAUCGAGACGCUGCUCGAGUGUGAAGAGCUGCAGAUCGGUGGCUUUCGGGUGCUAAUCGAUUAUACUGGCUCAGUGUUAAAGCACUACGGCAUUUGGGGCGUUUCGGACAUGAAGGUGUUUAUGGAUGCGAUCAACCGCUCGUACCCGAUACGGAUCCGUGAGGUGCAUGGUGCCAAGUUUCCCAAGUUUGCUGUUUCGUUACUCAACUUGCUGCUGACGUUCGCUAGCCCAAAGUUGAAGGACCGCAUCACAUGUCACAACAGCGUCGAGGAAAUGGCAAAGCGAUGCGAAUCGACACUGUUACCCAAGGAGUGGGGCGGUGUCUGUGAUUUGCAGGAGUUCAAUCAACGGUUCCAGGAUCAUUUAGAGGACAGGCGGCAGGUGCUGCUGGCGUUGGAUGAAAUGGAUAUUGAUACGACGAAUUAUACUUCACUCUGGAAACACCACGAAGCGCCCGAGAACGAAAUCGAUAGUGGAGCGAUGGGAAGCUUUAGAAAGCUUGAUGUGGAUUAA